GUGAAAUGAGUAACUAAAUGAGUGAGAGUAGUUUUCGUUUUCUUUACUUUUAUUACUGGCCCAUUUAACCUCAAUAAUAUAUUUUGCUGGUUAUGUUGCUUUAUAAUUAAUGAAAGUUAUUAAAUAGAAUAGUGAAGGACGAGCUAUGCAGGUAAGACAGGUAGUUACGCUAUUGGCACUUGGUUGCCUGGUGCUAGGUGGGAUGACCUCGGUGGUGGCAACUGAAGACAAUGACUUCGCUGAAUUCGAGGACUUCGAUACCGAUGAUGAAUUCGACCAGCCUAUAACUGCAUCAACACCAACAAUUGGGGAUUCCAAAUCGGCACAACCAGUGGAAACACCUGAGAAACAGAAAAUUGCCGAACCAGUUAUUGGCAAGUCAGAUGAUUUCAAAACAGACGACGACGAUGGCAUUGUUGAAGAUGAUGAUAACGAAUUUGAACAUUUUCAAGACGAAGAAGAAUUUGAGGGUUUUGAUGCAGGUGAUAACAAGGAUAUACCUAUAGAUCAGAAAACUUCUGAACCCAAAUUAACGGUAGCAAAAAUACCUAUGCACUUCCGUACACAUUGGGAUUCAUAUUGGAUGGAAAUGCUUAUGUUGGCUGGUUUAUUAGCUUAUUUCUCCAAUUUCUUUGCUGGCAAAACGAAAAAUGCGAGAUUAGCGCAGUUAUGGUUUAAUACUCAUAAGGGACUCUUAGACGACAACUUCGUGUUAGUUGGUGACGAUGGUAAGCAAGAAAACGAAAAUCCUGGCUUGAUGAAAGAAAGUGAGAGCCUAUACACCUUAUGGUGCUCUGGCCGCACUUGCUGUGAAGGUAUGCUUGUGGAACUGAAAAUGAUCAAACGUCAAGAUUUGGUUGCUUUGAUUUCCGGACUAAUACGACCACAACAAGAUCAAGUACAUAUAAAAGUUGAAAUGACGCGAGGUGUAAUGGAUUCAUUUGUAUUUUGCGUUGGCUCAAGAAAAACUAUAACUAAAGUUUUUAAGGAAUAUGCUGAUUUGAACAAAUAUUGCAGUCUAGUCAGUAAGCCGGAGGAUCGCUACAAAGUACCUGCAGGAUUUAGUGUGCUCUCAGAAAUACCUGAAGCCACGUCAGCUAUGUUGGAGGCACGCAUUAUCACUGCACUAAACAAAUAUCAGCGUUACAUUGACUAUAUCCACAUUUCUGAUCAAUUCAGUGGACCAAUUCAACAAGAAGAUGCCAAUAAUUUAAAACAGCCAGAAACUAAAUGUAUGCUAAUGGCAGGAUUUAAUAUGCCAAAGAGUGUCGAUAUGGAAGCGAUUAAGCCUUUACUAAUUCUGAUUUUCUACUUAAUGGAGCGCCUAAAGGUCUAUCGAAUGUCGAAAGAGGGUAAGAGCAAAGCGGAAAAGAACCGCUUGCGUGUUGAGGAAGAGUUCCUAAAGAGUACACAUGCAGCACGUGCAGAAGCUGCUGCUCAGCGUCGUGAAGACAAGCGCAAGCAAGAGAAGGAACGCGUGCUUGCCGAGGACGACCCCGAGAAGCAACGCCGCUGGGAACUCAAGGAGCAGAAACGACAGGCUAAGAAAAAAGCACCUAAAAUGAAACGUUUAGCAGUAAAGUCAUUAUAAGAUUAAUAUAUAACGUUAUUAGACCAAUUAUGUUAGUCACUUUAAUUGGCAGUAUUUGCCGUUAAUUCGAUUUCGGCUUUCAUUGUAUGCUGGAGGCGAUGAACUCCACACGUGUUGAAAGUUAUAGCAAUAAACAUGCCAUAAGCAUGUCUACAAAGCCGUAGAUAGCUAUGAUAA